AUGACGCGGUCCUCGACGCUGAACCGACCGGUGCUACUUACCAAGGAUGCCUCUCGCGCGCACCCAGGCGCUGCUUAUGACACCUCAUCUGGCGCGCGCGCUGCGACUGCCGCGGGGGCGCGGUCCUAUGCUUUGCCGUCUCCGAGCGUGUCUUCCGGUGACCUCUGCGACACCAAAGGGGCAAGCAGCGGUGAGGCCCGCGCGGGUCCUGCCGCAGGGACAGUUCAGUCCGUCUAUCUCUCACGACCUUCACCACCCACGCCGCCGCCGCGGCCAGCGGGGCAUCGGCGCUCUCGCCGGAACUCCCUCAUCUCAGUGAAAACCAACUCGUCAGCUUCUUUUGUGCACCAUGAGCAGAACGUUUCCCAAGACGAGGAGGCCACCGCGACCCUGCACUUCUUCAGCGCCAUGCUAGACUUGCCGGUUGCCGAGGAAGAGGCGGAGAAGGAGCCGUGGUGCAGCUCUCUCGACGAGGACCUCACGAUGGGCACUAGCUCUUCUGUACUGGGUGGGACGGGAAACAUCCCGUUCACGGGGCAGUCCAGCGGCUCAGAGGCUGCCGCCACCCCCGUGUGCGAGGCGAGGAAAGGGGGCAGCGAUGGCGGUGGCACACGCGCCCACUCCCACGACGCAAUGGACUUUGCCGGCCCGCCGCCGAGCCCGUACACCAGCAAAGCUUCCGUCCACGAAGCCGGCACCGCUGGGGUUGUGGCGCGGCUCAAGGAGCGUGGCAACGCGUUUUUUUUGCGCGAAGAAUUCGAGCUCGCCAUUGCGACCUAUACAGAGGCAAUCCGGCUUGACCCUACCCACGAAGCGCUGUGGGGUAAUCGCGCGUGUGCGUUUUUACUGAGUUUCCGCUACCUUCCCGCAGUGGCGGACUGCCUUUACGUGUUGCACAUCCACCCCGGACACACAAAGGCGUGCUGGCGAGCCGCCAAGGCCUACGCAGCUGCGUACCGGUUGGUGGAGGCGAAGAAGUACUACCAGCUGGCUCAGCAGGCAUGCGAGAGGGACGGCAUGGGGCGGGGGUCGGCCUCGACCACUCGCAGAACGGCGUCUUCAUCUUCGAUACGCACCGACAGGGGUGGUGACGAGGCCCCAGAUGACUCCCUUGCACGUGGCGCUGCGGAAAGCAGCUCCCCCGCGGCUGCUGGGACCUUUUGCGAGCACGACAGCCGCCUUCUGAAGUCGCAGAGAGAACGGCAAGUUCUGGCGACUGAGGAGGCGGCACUGGGGAUGGUGGAAACUUACUGGCAGCAUCUCCGUCACGAGCGGUGGGCGGAUGCUUUAGCGACUAUGGACAAGGUGCUGUCCUUGGCCAGCUACACAGGGCCGACAGCCGUCUCCUGGCAGGCGCUCCGGAUCGAGGCGCUUCUCCACCUCCAUCCAAAGAAGGCGUUAUCCGAGGCGGAGGCUCUCUACCGUGCUUACCCGGAUUCUCUGGAGCUCUACCCGGUACUGGCCAAGGCCAUCUUCUACGAUGUGCACGAUGCUGCCGCAACCAAGCGGUGUCUUCGUUUGCUGGACGAGGCGGCAGAGAAGCGCUGCGGUCACAAUCACCUACUGAAGGUGCACGUGCGCUACUGCGCGACGCAGCUGCGUGAACGACUUCCUGCGGACACCGGUAAAACCACCGCUGUACACAUGGAGGCGUGGGGCAAGCUGCACUACCUCAGGGAGGACAGUCGCACCGCAGAGCUGCGCCAUACCAUCGAGAAAUUUGCGCGGCACCGAGACGCCGGGAACGCAGCGUACGAGGCCGGUGACUGGGAGGCCGCGGCGUCCGCCUACACGCGCUGCCUCGAGACAGACCGCCUGAAUCACGCACUCCUGGCGGCAGUAUACUGCAAUCGGACGGCGGUGUACAUGCAAGCGGGCCGCUGGCGGGACGCACUCGGCGACGCAGACUCCGCCGUGGCUCUCUGCCCGCAGUACGCCACGGCGUAUGCGAGGCGUGGGCGAGUGAAAUUGUACCUACUUGCACAGGAAUAUAGGAGACAACGCGCCGUGCUCGCGAGCUCCUGCGCAGCGCCGUGGUCGGCGGCGAUGAAGGAGCGGCUGCAAGGCUAUGCUGACGCCGCCGUCACGGACCUGACGCGCGCGGUGGAGCUUUCACCGACGAUAGAGCACAAGACGCAGCUGCAGCAGGCACUGGCGCAGCGCCGGGCUAUUAAAGCCUCUCUGAAGCCCACUUGUGAGACACCGAAGUCCUCCAUGCCGUUCUCAGCCGCAUCCGCUUCCCAAGGGGAGAGACACCGCGGUCAGAGCGCGCAUUCGCCGCCCCCGCACGCGGAUGCGCGGCGUGCCGAGUCGGCGGCAGUGUGUGAGCUCACAGAUCAGCUGAAGUUGCUUGGACUGAGCAUCCUCGCGCCGUCGGCACCUGGCGAGUUCGGGAGGCUUCCAGAGCCGAAGGUGAUCGCCAAGGCGUACCGAGAGGCGGCGCUUCGGUGGCACCCAGACAAGUGGAUAACGGCCACCCCGCACGAAAAGCAGCAGGCAGAGCAGCAGUUCAAAUCUAUAUGUGUCGCCUAUCAGGCGUUGCGAGAGCGCAGUGGUGUGGUGUUUUGA